UAAUUGAUUUUAAAAAUGUCAGAACCUAAUUACGGUAUAGACGAACUUAUUGGAGAGUCAAUUUUAUUAUCUGACACUGAAAAUUCUGAAGACGCCGUUGCUGACGCCGAAAUGCCGCUUGAUGUUAAAGGUGUUGAAGUUGAAAAAAUAAAAAAAACUGAUCAAGAAAUGCAGGAAAAGAUUAAUGUCGAACAAGUUGAUGACAAAAUUGAUGAAGAGAUGAUUGAAGUUAAUUUAUUCAUCAAUGCCGCUCCAGAGAUCAUUCAGGUUCCGUACAAAUUAACAAUUGGUGAAUUAAAAACUGAAAUUAAUAAAAAAGUCAAUGUUGAUUUUAACCAACACCGCUGGGUCAUCGGUCGACUGCUGCCGGCUGAUGAAUUGAUAACACUGGAAGCGCUUCAGGUUUCACAGAUUCCAAGAUCGAUUUCAUUGUUUCGACUAAGUAAUAAUUUGAAGCCUGUUGAAGCUGAUAAAGAUGAAGUCGACAAAAUGAUUCAGAAUCAGUACGCGGAAGCUGAUAAUCUUGAUAAUUUGGUAAUUGUUGAAGGAGAACGUGACUGUUUUGAAUUAGGAGAAGCUUGUGCUUUACCAAAACCAGAAAUAAUAAAAAUAAAAAAAGAUGAUUCUGAGUACAAAGAAUUAAUCAAGCUGGAGGAUUAUGAGGCUGUCCCGAAUUUAAACGGCUUUGAAUGUCCAAUUUGCUUCGAUUUUUAUGAACCGUUUCAAGGGAUUGUUUUGCGAGAUUGUUUACAUUCUUUUUGCAGAGGAUGUAUUGAAAGAAAUGUUAAGUUGAAUGAUGAUUUUGAAGUUAAAUGUCCUUUUGCCGAUGAUACAUAUGCAUGCCAAUCAAUUUUACGAGAAAGAGAAAUUAAAGCACUUUUGGGAAAAGAUUUGUACGACAAACAUUUAGAAAAGUCACUGAAGCAUGCCGCAUUAACAAGCCCAGAAUCAUUUAAUUGUCGUACAGCUAAUUGUGAUUACUGGUGCCUGCGCGACAAAGACCUGAAACAUUUUUUGUGUCCUAAGUGUGAGAAGACUAACUGUCUCACUUGCGAGGUAAUUCAUGAAGGCCGUACUUGCUUUGAAUAUCAAGACGACCUGGUAAUUGCAAAUAAUACCGACGAAGCUAAGCGUCGUACUAAUGAACAGGUAGAAAAUAUGAUAAAAACUCGAGAAGCUAUGCCGUGUCCAAAUUGUGGAAUCAUUUUGACCAAAAUCGAAGGCUGUGAUGGUAUGAACUGUACAGUUUGUAAAACAGCUAUUUGUUGGGCUACUCGCGGACCUCGUUGGGGACCUGGAGGUAAAGGAGACAAAUCGGGUGGCUGCAAAUGCGAUCCAUAUGCGAAAUGUCACCCAAACUGCCGCAACUGCCAUUAAAAAAUUGAAUAAAUAAUUUUUUAACGUGAA